CUGUACCUGUCAAGUAAUAUGGCGUCAUAUGUCACAUGUCCAUUUUUAAUUGAGAAAAGAAAGAGAAAAGAAAAAGGAACAUCUCUACUGGCUACUACAACAGCACAACUCCUCCUGAAUUCAAAACCCCAACAAAAGGACUCUGCAAUGGAGAGAGAUUUUCUGGGUUUGAAAAGGAAAGACUCAUCCGGAACUCUUACAGAGAUUGCCAGCAAUAAUAUAUUCAAUGAUUCGGUUGGCGGCAUGCAACGGUGGUGGUCGGAAGACUCUUCUUGGUCCCAAUUUCAGCCUUUCGGAGCUACUCAAGACGAUAUGCCAGACACCCUCGCUUCUCCGGUCUAUGCUUUUGAUUUUACUUGUAACCCUCUUUCUACUUUGCCUAAGAGGAGCUUCAAUAGUACUACACCAUGGAAAUUCCCUUUUCAGGAAGAAACAAUUCCGACCAGUAAGCAGUUUCUUGGAGGAUUUCCAUUUGCGGAACGGUCUGCGACAUCAAGUCCAACUGACCCAAGGAACAAAUCCAAGCAAGUCGAGGCAGCUGAUGAUCGGUUAACCAUCGUUUACGAUAAUAAAGUCCAUGUCUUUGAGGAUGUUUCGCCCAAUAAGGCUGAGGCCAUACUGCGUUUGGCCAGAGAUGAGUACUACUCAUUCUUGACGGCUGACGAUGAUCGGAAUCAAGUAGUACUGCCGGAGCAAACAACGAUGGACCUUCUCUGCUGGACCAGCAAUGGUAACCAACAUGCACUUGACCCUCCUUCAAUCAUCAAUUCCUCAGCGGAAUUCGCCUCGCACACUUAUUCAGCAAUAACUCUGCCUCAGGCUCGCAAAGCAACCUUGGAACAUUUUCUGGAGAAGCGCAAGGACCGAUUGACCAACGGUAUGUUUUACAAGUUCAUGAAGACGGUGCUUUAUAGUCCCGAGUUGCUGAGAUGAAAUACCUUCACAAGAGAAAAUAAAGCUAGAUGCUGUAUAUAUUACAGCUAACCAGCCUAAUAAUGUCACAUUCUUUGUUAAUUUGCUCAUGCUUUUAUGAUAUACUCUUAAUUCGUUGUUAUUUUUCAGUUUAAUCCAUGAGCAAAUGUAUAUUUUCUCUUGUUGUGUGAUUGAAAUUUUAAUUAUUUAAUGUUGUUUUUAACAAAUGAAUUACCACACAAGGAAAAUGAAUGGAAAGGCUCACAGCCUGUUUGUUGUAUUC